UGUAUUACUAAAGAAAUUACUUUCAUUAGUAUCGUAAAACGAGUUCAGAAAUCAUUGUUACCAUGGUGCUAGAUAUUCUACAAGAUCAUGUUACUUUUCAGAAGCUGCAGUUCAGUUCAAUAAGCAUUAUAUUUUUAUUUGUUGCGACUUAUUUAAUAUGGAUGACUUUAUGGAAGAAACGAAGAAAUGAGUUAUGGCCUCCAGGACCUGUGGGUCUACCCAUUGUCGGUUAUUUGCCAUUUCUGGGAAAAGAACCGCAUAAAAGUCUGUGGAAGCUGAGAGAAAAAUAUGGAGAUAUCAUUGGACUGUACAUGGGUACAAAGUAUACAGUUGUUCUGAAUGAAUACAGCGUGGUGAAGGAAACUCUGACACAACCUGGAGCUUUGGAUAGGGCACCGAAGCUGUUCGAACAUAUUCCACUUGUAGGUUUUAUUGCCGCAAACGGCGAUGAAUGGCAAGAACAGAGAAGAUUUUGCCUUUCGUCUGCUCGAGACCUAGGCCUUGGAAGAGGAGCUUGGGAAAACAUCGUUAUGGUAUUUUCAAACUCAUCCAUACAAUCAGUCUCAACCAUACAGUUUAAAGUGCCCAUCAUUGCUUUCAUUGACAUCGUAUUAACUCUACGUCAUACAGAAUUUUCCCUCCUCUAA